AUGACGUCGGAGGUGGAGGACGAAAUCCGGCUUAUUAGUGGAGGGGUGUCUGAGCCACUAGUCAUACAGGAGCUUCUGGAAAGAUUACGAGAGCUUGAGGCUGAAAACUCUGCUCUUGCCCAAGCCAAUGAAACUCAGAGGGAAACAUAUGAUUGCCUUGAUGAGGUUGCAAACCAUGUUGUGCAGGCACUUUUAAAUCAAAAGGAUCUUCGGGAGGAAUGUAUAAAAUUGAAAAAGAGGGUGUUUGACCUUGAGCGUCAGAACAGAGCAUUAAGUGACCUCUUUCACCAAAAGCUGCAGCGCUCCGCAGGAUCAUCCCCGGAGUUGCAUCCACUGCAGGCUGUAUCUGACUCUCAGGGAGGUGAUCUAGAGAGGCUACCGGUGUCUCUUCCACUUGGACAAUGUGCAGUGCAGAGAGAGGAGAAGCAGCGCUUUGGGAGAGCCCAGUCAUCCUGUCGCUCCUUAGAUGCCAUGUCUCCAUUCCUCAGGAAAAAGGCUCAGAUCUUGGAAGUUCUACGGAGAUUAGAGGCGACAGGUUCUCAGUCUGGCUCAAGCUGCACUGCCACUUCAGCUUAUCUUGGGGGCUUGCCAUCAUCUAGCGGGAAUGGGCUGCGCAUCAGAACAGAGCAAGGCUUAGAUUAUCUUAAUGGUGAGGGCAUGACCCCUCCAGAACUUGGUGCAGAUGAACCUUGGGCUUCCUGUUUGCUUUUAGCCCAAAGUGGUUGGGAGGAAUUGCUGAAAUGGAAGUCAAUACAACGAGAACCACCAGCAGGUAGCCCUGGAGAGGGUGGAGGAGAACACCUUGGUUUGGCAGCAGAGGAAACACAGCAGUCCACACGUCAAGCAGAAGGAAGUUCAUCCUCUUCAGAUGAUGAUAUUGGAGAGCCACCUCCUCCAAUAAGUGAAAUCAGACAGCGUUUACCAUUAACUGACUUGGCAAAGGGCUUAGCACCUUGUAUGUGCUCCCGUGGAGCAGGAGAUAAAAGGGGCCCGGUUGAGGGCCAUUCUGAUGGAACUGGUUUCAAUAGGGGACACAUUGGGCAUCUUCACUCACUGACAUGCUAUAGCAAAAGCCUUCAUGAUAUGGUAGAAAAUCAGCAUAUGUCAGGAGCAUCACCAGCAGUUACAGACAGAGGGGACACUGUGUCUUGUUCCCCAGGGAAAACCUUGGGUUCAGAACAUACAUCUGAUGGACUUGCUUCUCCUUGUCCUCCUUCUACUGGGAGCUCUCUAAGUUUACCAAGAGACACAGGUGGAUUAACCCCCAAGAGUGCAUCUCAGGAGUCACAAGAUGAUUGUUCUCAGACCCCAUCUCUGGCUCCCAAUCCGUCCUCUUCUGACCCACAAGAUGCACUUAUUCCCUCCACUGAGCCCCGAACACCUCACAUCCCAUCUCCAGCUAAAUUUCUUAAGUUUUUGAAGCUUCCAGGCUCAGGGGAGAAGUCACAGAGUCCAAACUCUCUAAGGCUCAGCCCUCAGCUCACUCAAACCUCCAAAAUUCCAUGUCGGAGCAAUAAUUAUGAGGCAUUUCCCUCUCCACGUCCAACUAGAAAGGCAGCUGACGAAAUACCUCGUCCUGAAGUAGAUGCUGAUCCACCAUCUCCUUCUGAAAUAAUAAAUUCAGAUUCCAAUAGACAAGGGCAAAUUGAAAGUUCCAACAGCAUACGAAGUAGAUCUGCAGUACAGUGUUGUACCAAAAAGUCUCAUGAUUAUGAGAAUGUUCCUGCUAAAAAUUCAGAACUUUCCACUGCACACCAAACUGUUGAAGAUUUGGAGAGUUCAUCAAAGUUGGUUAGUUCAGUGUGUUCUUUUGGCUGUUCCCCUGGACUUUGUGCUCAUUCCCAAGUAAAUUGUACAGAAGAUCAUCAUAGUCAGGUGGCUUUCAAUAGAAAACCUGUAACUUCCAGAAAAACUGUAGAGUCUGCUGGCCAUAUCCCAUUUAAAGAAAGAAUGGGAAAACUGAGGAGUUCAGACAGCCAACAGUCUGAGCUCACGGUUUCAGGAACAGAGAAUGUUAGGGUAAUAACUGAUGGACCUGACCUCCGCCCAUCAAUGAAGCGAUCCUUAGCUGUUAGUAGUUUAAGGACUCCUGAACCUGGAUCCACUGAGAGUUAUCCACCACGGUACCAUGGCCAAAAAUCUGAUGCAGCUCGCACUCGGCAGACUGCUACAAACUGUCCACCCGGUUCUCCUCAUGGACCUCGUAAUCAACCUCGAGCACCACCUGUCCCUAGCAAAUCUCCUCGCAGCCCUCAUGGCAGUCCUACAAAGUUACCUGCAAAAUCCCCCAGUAAAGCAACAGCCAAACCUCUUGUAUCCCGACCUCUAAGUGAAGAGUUGAGGCCAAGUCCUCGGCAACCUACAUCCUCUAGUGAAGAUAAGCAAAGGAUGCAAUCUGCUGGUAUAGGAAAGAAAGCUGCUACAUGUCCAGAGUAUGCCUGUCCUCGUAGCACAGGCCCACAGGGUACAGAAAGUCUUCCACUAAGUGCUCUGCAUUCUGCUAUAGAAGAAAAAGUCAUGAAGGGCAUUAAAGAGAACAUGUUAAGGUUGCAGGAACAACAUCGUUCACCUUCAUCUGAUCCUAAGCAGCGUAAUUCCAGUGGUAUUGCCAGCUGGUUUGGCCUAAAGAAAAGUAAGCUGCCUGCACUUAGCCGUAGACCAGAGACUGGACGAGUGAAAGAGGAAAAGCGGGACAGGGCUGCUGGAGGCUCUCCUCGGACUAGAGAUGUAAAGGGUGAAAGCUUAAAUAUCUCCAUGUUAAUGGAAAAAGCAGAGGAUCUGAGGAAAGCUCUCCAGGAAGAGAGGGCCUAUAUUAAUGGACUUUCUCUGGAUAAAAAUCGUACACCUGUGCCUGUGGACCAGGCACAAAAUCCGAGGUCUUUGACUGCAGACAACUUUAUGCAACAGCUUUUGAAUCGGGUGGAUGGGAAAGAGCCAACUCUGGAAGGCCGUGUAGAAGGGAAGACACCUCUACGUGACUUUCCUAGAUUAUCACCCGAGAACAAGGAAGCUCGCCCCUUUCGGCCUCCAAGGAAUGGGAUGGUCACACAUGUCCAGCGAUGUGAACAAAAGAACAUUGAUCAGAACAGAGAAGUGGCUCUUCCUCCUGAUGAGAGGAUUUCUGAAUCAAUCAAUUCACAGCAUUUUGCAGCUUGUGACUCGCUCACUCGGACCCUGGACAGCGGAAUUGGGACAUUUCCUCCACCUGAUUACUGUGGAGGGACACCAAUCAAAAGCGCCCCAAAGUUAAAGUCUAGGCUGGAGUCUCCUUCUGUCCUUCCAGUGGGAAGGUUUUCUGCUUUCCCAAAGGCCCCCAGAAGAGCAAGGACUUUGGACAGGGACAUGAGAGGUGUCGAGGAAAUGUACCCCCCAGGACAGCAUCAGAGUAUUCCAGCAUUCCAUGCGCUGUUGACAGAGCCAGAGCCUACUGUCGGACACAGGAUGUAUAGAGAAGAUUCCAGUAGAGAUCACAAUUUGCCACAGCAGAACAAGAACUGGACCUUUCCCAAUGCCAAGAUCAAUGCUGGUUCAGCAGAGAGCUUCCGGUCCAGAGUGCAUGAUCUGGAAGAGAUCCCAUCAGAAGGAGACAGAGACUGUGACAUGUCUGGGUAUGCACACCCGUCAAUUUGUUUCCCAGGCACUGUGAGCAGCCGCACCCCCAGCACUUCAGAAGUUGGCGACGAGGGUACAAGUGAAGCCAAAUCUCGAGACAACGAGCAGGGUCAGACAGGGCUGGAGAACUCUGAAUCCUUGAGUGAUUCACUCUACGACAGCCUGUCGUCUUGCGGGAGCCAAGGCUAA